AAUGAAGUCCCCUUACAGUUCUUCUUCUUCUGAUGAUCUCCAUGAUUUGGUGAAUGAGAUCAAGAGAGAGGUUCAACUGUCAAACAUUAAUCUUGAUCCUUACUCAUUUGUCUCUCCUUCUGCUUACGACGCUGCUUGGUUAUCCAUGAUUGAAGAAGACAACGACGUAGGCGAUGGUGAGCUUAGACCGAUGUUUGGAGAGUGUCUAGAUUGGAUUAUGUGCAAUCAAAAUGCCGGAGAAGGUUUUUGGGGAAACUCCGGCGGUUAUACUCCGGUGGCUGACGCCGGAGACAAAGACGAAGAAGACUUGUACACUUUGGCUUCUACUCUUGCUUGUGUUGUUGCACUUCACAAAUGGAACAUUGGGUGUCUUCAUCUCCACGCAGGGAAGAGAUAUAUCGAAAGAAGAACGGAGAUGAUAAUCAGGAAAUACAGCAACGAAGAUGGAUCCUAUCCUCGUUGGUUCGUUAUCAAAUUCACAGGAAUCAUCGAGCUUGCUCAACAACUUGGCCUACACUUUGUUUUCUCCAGUCGCUGUAUUGAAAUGAUCAAAGAUGUGUUUUAUGAACGCCAAGAUAUUCUCAAAAGAGAAAACUUGGUGGAUGAUUGCAACCAUAGCCCUCUACUGGCAUAUCUAGAGAUAUUGCCAUCGACAUUAUAUGUCGAAAACCUUGAAGACAUCAUAAUUAAGAGCCUCGGCAAUAUCGAUGGCUCUUUAUUUCAGUCGCCUUCGGCAACUGCAUCAGCAUUUAUGCUCACCCGCAACCCAAAGUGUCUUGCUUAUCUUCAAAAUGUCGUUCAAAGAUGCCCAAAUGGAGUGCCACAAAAGUACCCUCUCAAUGAAGAACUCAUAAAACUCUCCAUGGUUAAUGUAAUCGAGAAUAUCGGUUUAGGAGAAUUCUUUGGUAGAGAGAUUGAACAUGUUGUUCAACAAGUUUACAGGAGUUACGGGGAAGAAUAUGUCGAGAGAAUGCCCAUCAGUUGCCUAGCAGAUAAAUUGCACAAAGACUCUCUUGCAUUUAGGAUGUUAAGAAUGCGAGGUCACACCGUUUCGCCGAGAAGCUUUUGCUGGUUCUUGAAUGAUCAAGAAACUCGAAAUCAUUUCGAAAGAAAUAUAGACUCUUUCUUCUUCGUCAUCCUUAGUGUUUACAGAGCCACAGAUCUCAUGUUUCCAGGAGAGCAUGAGCUUGAAGAAGCAAGAGAAUAUACUCGGCAUUUACUCGAGCAAAGUCGAUUUAUUAAUAAAAAAAUGGUUAAGCAUGAAUUAAGUACUCCAUGGAUAGCUCGACUUAAACACCUUGAUCAUAGGAUGUGGAUUGAGGACAAGAACUCAACUUUUCUCUCAAUCGGAAAAGCCUCCUUUCUAAGACUACACAGCCCAUAUAGCGACAAAUUGACUCAUCUUGCUGCAAGAAACUUCGAGUUUCGACAAGCCAUAUAUAGACGUGAGCUGGAGGAAUUGACAACAUGGGUGAAGAAAUGGGGGCUUAAUGAUAUUGGUUUUGGUAGAGAGAAGACAACAUAUUGUUACUUUGCAACUGUGACUUCAUUGCCCUUUGAAUCAGCCAUUAAAGUUGGAAAGCUUACAGCGAAGAUUGGCAUCCUCAUCACAGUUGCCGACGAUUUCUUUGAUGAAGAAGGUUCUUUGGAUGAGUUAAAAGCUCUUAAUAAAGCCGUUACAAGGUGGGAAGGAGAAGAACUCAAAGGUUACGGCGAUAUCAUAUUUAGAGCACUUGAUGAUAUUGUAAGAGAGACUAAAGAGACUUGCCUUAAGCAACACGGAACCGACAUAACAGAGCAGCUUCGCAACAUCUGGGGUGAAACUUUUGAGUCAUGGCUACGUGAAGCCGAAUGGAGUAAGAAGGGACAUAUGCCUUCAAUGGAAGAAUAUCUUCGAAAUGGGAUGAUUUCAAUCGCAGCACACACUAUUGCUCUUUCCAUCUCAUGUCUAUUUGAACCUCUUUUCCCUCUACAUAAACUCAACCGUCGAAAAUAUGAUACGUUAACCACAUUGCUCAUGACAAUACCUCGACUCCUAAAUGAUCUACAAAGUUAUCAGAGGGAACAAGAACAGGGAAAGAUCAACUCCGUCCUACUCCACAUGAGGAAUACUUCAGGUCUCCAGAUUGAGGACUCGAUCGCUCAUAUUGAAAAGAUAAUCGAUUCAAAUAGGAAAGAGUUUCUGAAACAUGUACUAGUGGAUGGACUAAGUGAUUUACCCAAACCGUGCAGAGAAAUUCACAUGUCUUGUUGCCAAGUCUUCGAGAUGUUUUUCAACAAGAAGAACCGUUAUGAUUCAAAUACAGAGAUGCUUCAAGACAUUAAGAAGGCUCUCUACGAUCCCGUGAAUGUAAACAAACUCUCAGAGAUCGAGCCUAUGCCACUGAUGGGACAUGGCUAUGAGUUUCUGAUGCUUCCCCUACUUCUGAACCGUUCCCCAAAUAUUCUUGAAUUUAAGAGGAAAGAAGAAUACAAGGUGGUGAAAACAUCCAUGUGCUUGAGAAGAAGUUUUCAUGCUCAUAAACGCGUUAUUGCCUCGCAGCCUCUCAAGAUUUUUUCCUCGCAGAGGAACCUGGUAUCAAUGAUGCCAACCAAAUUCUCACCCUGCUUCUACUGAUUAAUACAUUGUCUUAAUAAAUUGCUAUGUUGUGUAUAGAUUGUUGAAUAAUGUUUACAUGUCUUGCAUGUAAAAAUAGUGUUUUCUUUUUGUGUGAAUUGGUAAAAAUUGUAGGUGUGUGAGUGUGAAAGAUUUAGAAAAUAUAUUCUUUUCAAAUUGAA